AGAAUAACGACAAAGUUAUGGAGACGCAGGGUAGAUGGCAUGCAAGGAAUAUUAAUAAAUAGCCAUGUGAAUAAUUUCGAUGGAAACGAACUUGUUUCAUUUCGUGGUGAAAAAUAUCUCGAAUCGAACACGACAGUUUUGAACGCAAAUUAAGAAAAAAAAAUGAACUCGACAAAAUCUCGGACUGUUCAGGAAAUCGAAUUGACACACCUGCAAGGCCUUGUUUUAUAGUUCCGCUUUAUUGAUCUGAGUGCUGAGAAGAGUAAACCAAAAAUGUAAACAUUAUUAGCCAUACUAAAUGCCAAUUUACAGUGCAACCUGCAAUCGCUUUGACUGAAAUUGAGCUAUUCCGCUUGUUUUCAGUUGAAUCGAUACAAUGCAAUUGGUGAGAUAAAUCCCAUCAAGUCUACCUACUCAAUCGAACCGCAUUGUAAAUACCCUAGGUAAAUACCUAUCGCUUGCCCUUUCACACGCGUGAGAACCAAUACGGGUCAACCCAUCAAAGCACUCUACGACUCUACGCCACGCGACGCGAGUGCCCCGAUUUCGUUCGAUCACCGAAAGUGACACACUUUAAACGCAGGCUGUAAAUAAAUCAAAGUCUAUCACGACGGACGGACGCGACGGUCACAUCUGUUCACAUCGAAGUGCUCUACCUUUAACUGCUGUUGUAUUUCCAAUCCAAAAAUGGUGACAUGUGGGCCCACGUGAGCCCCACCACUAAUGGAAUCUCUGACGGAAAUCAUUGUUGCACUGAUAAAAAACUCACUCGAUGCUAACUGUACCUCGGUGGCGAUUCGUAUUUGCUUGGAACUGUUUUGGAUUCAGAUACUGGAUAACGGCGAUGGAAUCAGCCGAGAGGAUCUCCAGAGCAUUGGCAAAUGUUGCCUGCUGAACAUUGACCACCACGAUCGGAAAAAGCCAUCCAAGCAAUUCGCCCGCCUCACCGGAGAGUCCCUGCUGACUGUCAUCGCUCAGUGCGAGGAGGUGCUGAUUGAAUCGGUCGACAGCAGAACAAACCACGCUAAAUCCCACUCGCGCCUAUUCAAACAACAAACGGCCAUCAACAACAGUACGCCACGGCCUAACGGCACCAACAACGGUUCCCAGCGGAAUUUCGACUCGGUAUCGCAGUACCAUUACACCCGCAAGUCCCGAGGCACCACCGUCACGCUGAAAAACGUUUUCUACAAGGACCCGGAACGACAGCGGAAUCAUUCCAUCAAGGAGGAUUACCGAGUGUUGCUGGUCACAUUGCGCACGCUGGCUUUGAUUCACUUCGACCGGUCGUUCACGGUGCAGGAUUUGGCCCACUCGGAAGUGGUAUUCAAGAGCAAAAGACUAUCAGCUCUCCUGCCAAAAUACUGUGAACUCUAUCACCUCUCGGAAACGGACAUCGAUGUCACCACCUGCGUCAAGGACAACGUCCUAAUCGAAUGCUAUUUUAGCGAGCGUCGUACCGGACAUCCGUUAAGUCCAAUCGAGUUGACUUUCGUCAAUGGCCUCCCCAGCGGCGAACUCGAGCCAACCGUAAACGAAAUUCUGACGCAAGAAAAACAAGACGUUGAUUUUGUAAUUGUGGUGAGGUUUCCCAAAAACGAUGUCCUAACCCAGCUCAACGAGCCAAUAGUAAGGAAUUGUUUGUUUAGGUGCUUGAAUCAAUACAAGGAGUGCCUUAGGCGGCGAAAAGAACAACGACAAGCCAUUAGCCCUGAACCGCAUGGGAAUACACCACAACAGACGCCAAUCAGUAGUCAUCAUCGAACAAUGCUGGAAGACGAUAUUGGGGAUGUGAAAUUUGAAAACUGCCUUGACGAGGAGGACGUCCUUUACGGGCUGAGUCAACCGGCAGAUGACAGGCAAACCACUUUCGAUAAGUGCACCAAAUGGCUUAAAACUAAUGACUUUGACGUCUCAGCAGCGGAUGUCACCCCAGUCGCAAAGGCCCAAAGACACACUUCUACGAAGGCCCCGUCGGCCGGAAAUGGCGAGAGACAGAAAGUUAACUUUUUCGAUGUUUCCACUUCGGUCGCCGUCGACGAUAGGAGGAGGUUAAAUUCCAAACCACAAAAUAAGCCAGCGUUUAAACGACCUGUUCCAAAGUUUUACCCUGUCGAGGCAAAAACCAGACCAAAACUUGAACAACUUCAAAAAGCUAACAAACUACCCAAUUCAAAGAAGGAAUUCAAAGUCACCGAGCGACCGCCGGAAAAAAUGUCAUUCCUCAAUAUAGCAGCCGAGAUAAACGUUAGCAAAAUCACUAUGCCCUUGGAAGAAGAAACUCCAGCGCCACCGGCUAACAAAUUACAACAAUUUGCAAAAAGAGAGAGGAAAAAACUGCUUCAUUCGCCACCCGCUCCACCGGAUCCGCCGUUCCUGGAUCCGGUGCGGGUGAAAAAAGACGAGCUCACAUUCUUUACGGAAUUCGGCGAACCCAACUUCGAUGAUAACGCAACAAGUUUUCCGAAGAACGACGACUACGACGACGACAACGACGACGACAGUUGUUCUCCAAUCGAAAAGAAGGAUUACUUAAGAGUAACGCCACAGGCAGCAGCAUUCCAAUCCUUCCGCAGGACACACGCACAACCCGAAGACGAAGUUGAGCCGCAAACAGAGCCAGCCAUUAUACGAAGUUUGGAAAACUUUCUCUCCAGCAGUGCCAGCGUCAGCCCCGUCAGCAGUGGAAUUUCCUAUGUCUUCGACGAGCCACUUUUCCUGGAACCCGUUCCGGACCCGGACGACGACGGCGACACAUUCAAUAUCGGUUCACCCAAGGCACGUUUCCAGGACUUUGAUCUGGUACAAUCCUAUCGGGGGUUUCACCAGGCGUGCCAAGAGACCAUCCAGCACUUCAAAGUGGCAAUUGAACCCAUCGGGCCGUCGUCCGACGAUGGCGAUGGUUCCUCCGACGGCGGGGACUGUGCGUGCUGCAGCAGCCGUACGCAUCAGUUCAACCGCGAAAUUGAAAAACUCCGGCAACCGUUCCACCAGCCGCGAAGCAUCCUCACCAAAGUGGGCAAUCGCCGAUGAUAAGGGGCGAAAAUGGUGCCCAAUCAAAGUAUUUUCCAGCAUUUUCGAGCCGUGAGCAUACUCGUUUACCGCAGAUUAAAACUUUAUCUAGUACUCUAGUGGGAGAACUUUUUCGGGUGGAUCAUUAUGGUUUCACGGUUUUUCGACAGGAGAAUGUAGAUUUGUGGUGACGACGAAAGUGACUAUUAGCUAAUGUUAAAUAAAUCGAUAUUUUUGAAUGUUAA